UCUACAAUGUGAUGAUACAGAUUCCCUUGGAUUAACUGAUCUGCAGUUGACAAACUCAUUUACCACAAUGUGGCUAGAUGUAGCCAUGCCAGUUGAGUUUUCUGUCGCUGUGUCUUGUACUGCGUCAAACUGUAGUGCUCUCACCAAUUCACAGGUGAAUUUUCAACUUGAGCUAGCUGUAUUUGACCACGAGACAGAUCAGAGUACAGUUCUUGCAACCAUAGCAACCAACUCUGACACUGAGGCCUAUUCUGGAGAUGGCUUACAAAGUGACUUGACAGGGCGCCGGGCAGAUGUGACAUUUACGACUGAAUUGACCUUGACCUCAGCGAGCUGCUCUGAUGGAGCGGAACAUUCAUUCCAACUCACCGUCAAAGAUGCCUCGGGGAGUGAGGACACUUGGACAGAUAAUAAUAUGAUAAGAGUGCCAAUUCCCAGGGUAUUCUGUGAUUCCUCAGCACCGUCAGUUGAUUUUAGUGGCAAUACAUUUGAAGUUAACAACAACAAUGAAUUACCACUAAAUUCACCUGUUUACUUCACUC